AUGUGUUCGUCUCUGCUGUUUUUUGUAUCUUCUGCUUCUGAUAUUAAACAAAUAACGCACGACGACGACGUUUUGAUGAAAUACUCUUCAGAUAAUACUAACACUAAUAACGACGGGAGUAUAUUCUUGCAACGAAAAGCGAAACCAGACGCCUCGUUCAAGGAGAAAAUCGGACGAGGAAUACUCACAGAUGAUUCGAAGAAGACAAAGAAGAAGAAGUUUGUUGGAGGAUAUUGUCCAUCAAACGUGCACUUAAAAUGGCGCCAACGCGUCUCGUCUUCCGUGUACGCGACUCCUCUGUUAGUGGACGUGCACAAUGACGGGCACAAAGAAGUUCUCGUGAACACGUUCGUGCACGCGAUUGAACUGUUGGAACCGGAAACCGGGCAACCGGUGGCGAAUGGUCGAUUCCCGAUAUUUCGCGAGAGUAAACUGCACGGGAGCACCGCGGUGUACGUGAAUAACGAUGACACGAAAAAUAACAACAAGAGUAAUAAUAAUAAUAAUAGGAACAACAACGAGAAGAAGUUUAUCGUCGCCACGUACGACGGGGAGAUUUUAGAGUUUAACGCGAGGGGCGAUGUGGACGUAAAAGUCGCUCGACUCCCUCGAGCGAAAGUGACGAAAGAUUGGUUCAAAGAGAAAGAGACGGAACGCGAGCGAAAGGAGAAGGAACACUUAGAAGAAUUAAAGCGGAAGGCGAAAGAGCCGAUGCGCGCGCCUGGAGAUUGGGAGCAUUCCGGGUUCGACGCGCCUUCUUUGAGCGGUCACGGGAGAGAACCGCCUCCGGAAGAAAUUUCCGAGAAGAGCGAGGAGAGUAGAAGAAGAGGGAGAAAAGUGUUGGCCGAAAGCACGCUCGAAGAUAUAAAGUUUACCAUGGACGAUGAGGAUGGUGAAGAUAGUAGUAGCACCAACAACGACGACGACGACGAGGAGGAGGAGGAGGAAGGCACGAACGUUUUGGAAGAAGACGAAACAGAAGAAACAGAAGAAGAAACAGAAGAAGAAGAAGAAGAAGACGAAACGAGAAUCCGAGAACGAAAAGACGCGAACAACGUAUACAUAGACGCACACGUUUUAUGUUCACCAAUUAUUGCUGACGUGGAUAACGACGGUCGAAAAGAACUGAUACUCGCGGUUUCAUACUUUUUCGACGAAGAGAGAGAAGAUUUAUCCAGCAUGCAAUACCGGAAGAGGAAUAAAAUCGAAGCGGAGAAGUAUCUCGCCACCGGUAUCGUUCUCUUGGAUAUCGCGAACGAAUAUCGAGUUAAAAAUUCAGUCAUUUUGGACGUUUCCGUAGAAGCGACUGCAUUCAGAGCGCGCGCGUUCUCGCAACCGACGGUUUUAGAUAUCGAUAAAGACAGUACGAAUGAACUCAUCGUCGCGACGUCUACGGGAAACGUCUACGUGUUGAACGGGAAAACUUUGGAAAACAAAAAUCCGCGACAGUUUCCGAAACAAAUGGGCGAGAUUCAAGCGCCAAUUGUGGUCGCUGAUUUCGAUAACGAUGGGUACUAUGAAUUUAUCGCGUGCGAUUUGAGAGGAAACGUAGCCGUGUUCACGAAAGACGGCGACAUUUUGUGGGAGAAAAACUUACAAUCGGCGAUCUCGGCGAAUCCAACGCUGGGCGACGUAGAUGGCGACCAUUUCCUAGAAAUCGUCGUUGGCACGUCGUCGGGUGCAAUUCACGUUUUGAGCGCUGAAACUGGCGAGGAGAAGUACCCGUUCCCGUUUUAUACCGGCGGUCGAAUCUUAGCGCCGGUUGCUUUGGGAAGAGUGAGAAAGGCUUCCCCGGAGAGUUUAUCGCUCGUGGCGACAUCUUUCGACGGUUACGUCUACAUCAUCGACGGUAAAACUGGAUGCAGAGACGUUAUCGAUGUAGGCGAAACGUCUUACGCUCUUCCUUUGAUUGAUGAUUUAACGAAUUCUGGAUAUUUAAGUAUUAUUUUGGCGACGAUGAAUGGCGAGGUGCAUUGUUUCGAAGCGACGCAUUCCGGUCCGCACGCGCACGCCCUGGAAGGACAACAGUCUCAAUUUUUAUCCGCAAACUUGAUGACGCACAGGAAUAAAUAUUUCGGUAUUUACGGAGAAGAUCGCGGAUAUUUCGACGCUCGAGGAGAAUUUAUGACGAUUAAAUAUCGCAUGCGCGAUAACCGAAGCAUUUUUGGUUCCAAAAUGAAGAAAAAGGCGUCGAAUUUUGGUCCGUACGUCGUCACGGUAACGUUGAACGCGCUGGACGUGAAUUUCAUGGAGAAAGCGUCAAAAUAUUACGAAGAUGUCAUGGAGAUUGAUCAAAUUACUCUCAGAGUGCCGAAAGUGAAAUCUCGAGGCGAAAUUUUUAUCGAAAUGAAGGAUGGUUCAGGCGUCGUCGCGACGGAUACGUACUCGGUUUCUUUUCACGAAAGGCACUAUCGAAUCUUGAAAUGGAUAGUCGCGUUACCCUUCAUCGGCAUGACAUACAUGAUGAAACAAGCAACGGAACGAGUGAAAACAACGAAAGUAAAUUAA